AUGGUGACCACCGAUCAAAAACCAACCGCGGUCAUCCCGCCGACCUUACCACAGGCAACUGUUCAGCCGACUCAGGAGCAUUUCUCUGCACCAGCUGAGUGGAUGCAUUCGGAUGACAAGUCGAUGGUCAAUGCUCUCGGCAUCAGCUCUGGAGGCGGAGCCGAUCAACUUCUUGUCGCUCCUUCAACCGUCAUCUACACGCUAUACCACUCUUUUGUUUCUCGGAUUAUCCAAGGAUCAUCUCAAGCUUCGAUUUUCUUGCAGCAAGAACUCCAAGCUGAUUUAAAUGAGCACGCAAAGGUGAGCUGCUGGGCAUAUUUCAUCGAUACAGCAUCUAAUACUUUGACAAGUUUGGGGUUGAAUCAUGAGCUUGCCACCAACUGCUAUGGUUGGCAUGUCCUGCAACAAGCGCUCCACUGCGAAGAAGAUACUUGCCUCGUAAUCAUUUCCGAAUUACUUCUUGAGGACCCCGCUCAGACACUAGUGAAUAGACAUGCCAGUCAUGUCUGGAGUAAGAUCACGGAGUUCUCGUGGACUCCUUCGGUGUCACCAAUCUUUACCUUAAAUGGCUUCCUUGAUUUCGAUCUGUCGCUGAACACGAUGCUGAUUCUAUGCGUAGUUGGGGCCAAUCAGUUUGGUAUCGCCAUUCGCUCCGAUGACGAUAAAUGUCGGUGUAGACGAUCCUGGUUCAUGGAGGCAUCUGUUGGUACAAUUCCCAUGAUGGAGGAGCAUAUUCUGGACAGGGUGACCACCGUCUGGCCAUAA